AUGCUGGAAAUAGGAGAGGUUUUGCAGAUUGAAAAACCUCACAAUUUAGAUGACUUCACAUCCUAUAUAAAUCAGCAAAGGCGUAAAGAGAAGGCUGAUUGGGAAGCAUCCCACAAUGUUUCUUGGUUUGGUAAUGAGGCUGAAGGUACUAAAGGGGGCAUUUUGGCUAUGUGGGAUAACUCUAAGUUUGCGGUAUCAUCAGUGGAGUAUGGUCAUGGUUGGAUCGGGUUAUUUGGGCAGAAUGUCUUGACUGGCUUCUUAGGGGCGGUGGUAGGUGUAUAUGCCCUUUACAAUCAAGCUGACAGACUUCUUCUUUGGAAGGACCUUCGUAUUCUGAAAGCUGCUUUUGAGUGUCCUUGGUUUUUAGCACGUGACUUCAAUGAAACUUUGUUGCGAAGUGACAGAAGCAGCGACUUCAUUAACAAGGUGGGUUCAACGGCUUUUAGACUUUUUAUUGAUGAUUGUAACCUAAUCGAGUACAACAUGUCAGAGGGUUCGUACACCUGGUUUCGUGGGGGAUCCAUGAGUAAACUGGACUGUAUUUUUUCUAGUCUUUGUUGUCAUUUGCAAUUCCCCCUUUUGUCUCUUCGACGGCUUCCAAGAGGGUUCUCUGAUCAUUGCCCUUUAAUCCUAGGGGUUUUACCUAUAGAAAAAGGUUGGAUUCCUUUCAAAUUCAUGGAUUGUUGGCUUCAUCAUCCAAAUUUUAAAGAUAUCGUAAAGGGUAUAUGGGAUGAAGCUUGCAAUGAAUUUUCAGGUCAGUUCAAGCUCAUUAAGAAGCUCAGCUUUAUGGCAACUCGGCUCAGACAGUGGAAUUGGGUUGGGUUUGGGCAUCAGGAGACUGCUUUGGCAUUGAUCCAAAGCAAUAUUUCAGCUAUAGAACAAAAAUCAGAGUAUGGGAAAUUAUCUACUGCAGAGCAGAACUCGCUUGAUUCAUUGAUCAAGAAGCAGUGGCAAUGUAACUUGCAUAUAGAAAGCAUGUGGCGUCAAAAGUCUCGCCAAAUUUGGUGUCGCUUGGGUGAUCGCAACACGCGUUUCUUCCAUCUAAUUGCUAACUUCAGGAGGGCUAAAAACUAUCUCCUGAAAGUGGUUCAUAAUGGUUCUGUUGUUGAAGGCUUACCGGUCAUAAAAAGAUGUGGCACUAGCUUGGAGCGAGAUAUCACAUUGGAAGAAUUAAAGCAGAGCGUUUGGGAUUGUGAUGGGAGCAAGAGUCCGGGUCCAGAUGGUUUCAAUUUCAAAUUCUACAGGCUUGUUUGGAAUUUCAUUGCAGAUGAUCUGUUAAAAGCUCUUUAA